AUGGACGAUUUUGAUAUGGGCCUGCUUGACGACAACACCUACAAGGUCUCUGUCCUGCGGCAGAAAAUGCUGGGAAUAGCACCGGUUUUUAUGUAUCGCAUACCGAAAGUCUCAGAUGCUGAUGACGAAUAUUUGGCCAACGAGUGGAAUCUCCGCAAACCACUGCAACAGUGCUCUCUGCGUAUCGAACGCCGCGGCGAUGUGUUACUGGUUGUUUUUACAUACAAAAACGAAGGAAGCCCGCCAAAGCUGUUUGCCGUCAGCAAGAUUCUACUGGACGACUAUGAUCUUUCUCAUUUUGUCCAGCCCGUUGGUGAUUCCAGUCGGUACUUUGCCAUUCGUGUUACGGAUGAAAAAGAAGGUCGCGAAGCUGUCAUCGGACUCGGCUUCCGCGAGAGAGAAGAAGCCGCCGAUUUCUCUCAAUGUCUGAUCAACUUCAACAGUGCGAUUUUCAAAGAGCGACUUGCCCGAGGUGCAGAGAUGGCUCAUCAAUGAGAUUAAGAAAAACAUAUACAAAUUGAUAC